AUGACCAGAGGGUUAGUGUUGGGCCAGCGCUCGCUGGCCAGAGGGCCAUUGGCCAGCGCCGGGCCAGCGCAGAUUUCCAGCCAGCGCUGGCCCAGCGCCGACCCAGCGCUGGCUCCACCCUGCAACAGAAGCUGCCCCAGCACCGCUGGGUGUAGCUGUGAAGACAACGAGCACCGGUGCCUGGACAAGGACGUGGUUUUAGAGUUGAAGGACACCGGGCGGUAUGUUUGCUACGCGAAGGCCAAUCAGACUUGGUUCGCUUUAAGCGUCUAUGUGGCCAAAGGAGAGGAAGAGGAGGAAGAGGGGGGCGAACACGAAAACAACAGCGUCGGCGGCGAGGAAGGAUACGGGAGCAGCAGCAGCAGGGACGGGGCGGGGGUGGCACAACCGGGCAGGCACGGCAGACUGGUCGAGCCUAUCACACGUGCAACGGAAGCGGGGCGUUCUACGCAAGGAGGCCAGCUGCAACCACAAGGGGGGACCACUACGUGGGAAGAGGUGGCGAGACUGGCGGGGCAGGUCUGCCGGGGUUGGGGGGCCCUCACAACGGAGGAAAGAAUGCAGGACACAAUGACCAUCCUGCACCUGGUGAGGCAGGGGAGGAGGUGGCUGGACGCUGUCAAGAGGACCAGCAACUGGGAGCUACAAAGCAUGGCUGAAAGCAAGGCAGCAGAAGCAGAACAAGCAGCCCUACUAGCACUCAGUUACCCCAACCACCACCAGGCAGCUGGCCAGAUACAACACGUGCAACAUCACGCAGAAGCAUGUGUGGGGGCGGAGGCCAUUGCGCUAGAAGUGACGCUCAACACUGGGGAGAGUGAACAAGCAAGCGAAGGGGUACACCCGGCAGACGCGAUUAGCCUGGCAGCGGGGGGGGAGGAGGCGGCACCGGCUGGGGAUAGGGGGUGGCUGCAAACGGGGGGACACCCAGCAAUGCGAGCGAGAAGCAUUCUCCGGCAUCUGCUGCCCUUCACCGGCGGGGAGGUCCGACAACAAGUACAAGCGGCGCUCGGGGCCCUGGAUGAGUGGAGCACCGAGCUAUGGGGGGGAGAACUCCUGGCGAUCGAGGACACGCUUGGGAACAGCGGGGAGGAGAUGCACCCACCACCACCACCGCCCACACACCACGCAGAAGGGACAGGCAGGGGGACAGAUGGAGGCGACGGGGGCAGGGGAAGGGGGCACGUGGAAGAACAUCGCGAGCUGCCGCCACCCGAAGAAGAACUACAUGAUCGUGACAAUGGCAGGGACACCGAGACGGAGAUCUGCGACCUGGAGGGAGGAGUGGAAGGGGGGCGCUGCAAUGCACUGCCGACCACACCGGGGGCGGGGGGGCCGAGCACCCAAGCAACCGUUCCGUGGAACCCACCACCGCCGCUGAGCUACACGCUGACGCCGGCCCAGUUCGAAGGGCCAGUCCGCAGGUACCGGGGUGUCGAGCAGCCAACCUACUCUAACCGGUAUGUCAUGCAGGAUUGCUUCGAUUCUACCGCGUGCCCAAGCUUGUGGUGCGACGAGAGCACGGCCAAAAUGUGCCUCUUCUCAAGUGUGGGACCAUGGGUGCCAGGAGGUCGAGGGCAUGGGGGCCAUGGAAUGGAGCGGGCGGAGCGGGCGAAGGGGGCGGGGAGUGUGGUGGUGGGAGCCAUGUGGGAUCAUGGGGCCAUGAGCCAUGGGUGCCAGGGGGUCGAGGGCAUGGGGGCCAUGCGAUGGAACGGGCGGUGUACUGGGCCGUUCGGGGACAUCUGCGUGCCUCGCGAUGCCGUUUGUCCCCAGUUCUGCCAGGGACAGAAUGUGUGCAAUGUGGACAACUUCGAUGAUCAGGGCAGGAUACUGGGCUCUUCCACCGUGUGUGUUUCAAAGAACGAGGCGUGCCCCUGCGGAGACAAAGCUGUUCGUUGCGACGAGGGGCACUGCGUUCCCGAAAGCGAGGGAUGUCAGACGUGCGACCUCCUGACGCAUCGCUGGUGCUACGCCCUGUCUUUCACCAUUGAUGGUAACUACAACCCAGCAAUUCCCACUGCGGAGAGUUGUGUCCCCUUUUCACAGCCAUGCCAGUGUGGGGAGAAUGCCCAAGUCUGCAACUGGACCGAUGCUUCGGGGCGGCAACAGCAAGAGUGCCUGCCCGCAGCUGAUUCCUGCCCUCUCGUUUGUGUGGGCAACAAGACGUGCGUGAUUGUCGAUUACAAUCUCGGUGGCGAGAUUGGAGCGGUUCGUGAAGAAUGCCAGAGUUCUUCUGAUGAAGACUGCCCGUGUGGAUCGAACGCUAUCAGCUGCAUCGAUGUGGGGAAGGACUCGUAUUGCCUUCCGCGUCCCGGGCGAUGCCCCGUAGUUUGCGGGGAGGACGAAGAGCCGUGCUACCGCCCAGGUUACGACGCUGAGGGCAACCAUCUCCCUCCGGAGGAGACCUGUGUGCGAAAAGGACUCACGUGCGGCUGCGGGCAAAACUCAUUUGCAUGCGACACCGACGGAAACCUCACCCAAUGUCUCCCCAUUAUCGGAGGAUACUGCCCGCAGUGCCUGGCUGGUGAAGUUGAGUGCCCACAUGUACUCAAUUUCCAGCCAAAUGGCACCCAAGUGGAGGGUUGGGUCGAGCCCAUCCGCAAUUGCGCCAGCAGCCUGCUGGACUGCCCCUGCGGGCGGGAAGCGCAGAUGUGCGACUCCCUGGGACGCUGCAUCUUCAAGGGUGCUGCCUGCUGCAUGUACGACCAGAAGCUCUGCGUGCUGACGGACUACAUGCCUGAUGGCCAUCUGACAGGUUACCGGGAGAUCUGCUGGCUGCUGACAGAACCAUGUCCCUGUGGGGCCAAUACACACCGCUGUCCCGGAACGGAAGUCUGCUUGCCCGAGUCGAUCAAGGAAGCGAUUUGCCCUUGCGACCCAUGGCAGAAGACCUGCGAGCUGACGGAGUACAGUGAGACAGGUGUGCCGGAGACAAGCUGGAAGUUGUGCGUGGACCAAGAGAAGCCAUGCCCGUGUGGUCGAAACUCGCUGCGCUGCCUGGACCCAUUGGAGAACCGAACGACGUGCAUCGCAAAGGUAACCAGCGGAAUUGCCAACGCAUGCCCCGCGCCGUGUUCCAUCAACGACCUGGCUCGAGGAAGCCAGACGUGUGUUCAGAUCGACCACGUCUCAGAAACAGUGCAGAUCACCAGGGUUAGUUGCCAACCCUGGGGCGAUUGCAGCGCCGGGGCGUCGAUGAAGAUCUGUCCGUCCGGUGCCACUGUGCCCGUUUGGCAACAGUGCCAACUUGGCCGGCAGGCCAGGCCGAACGUCACCUCGGAGAUACUGGAGAUCUCAAGAAUGAUUCUCCAGAUGUCCAUGAUCCGGGCGGAUGCCCAUGCUGCCUUGGCGAGCGCUGAGCUGCAGCUCCGUUAUAUGGUGGAGAUUCCCACUGAGACGUUGACCGCGCUUAGCCUGGUGGGGCGAACUCUGACGUUCACCAUCUCCGGCCCAGGAAAGCAGUCGUCAACGCGCCGCCUGCAGGAAAUCAGCUCUGCAGCGGCGUGGGACGAUCCGAGCGACCUCACUGGCCGCUUGAGGGAGGAGGUUAUGCGGAGAAGCAGCAGCGCGUUGCACGCGCUUGAUCGCAUUGGCACCUUCUCCGCUGGCAUCAGCAUCGACACCCAGAGAUACACGUUGGAGCCAUUGCAUGCGCCGGACCCGCUCAGCAACAGCCCAAAGACUUGGGAGGGCCCGGGCGUCACACUGGUGGCCGUGCUUGUGCUGGCGUCUAUUGCGACGAUAUGCCUCAGCUGCCUGUGCAUCCGCCGUGCGCGUGCCCUGUGUUCCAAAUCGCACAGCAAGACCGCACUGAAGGAUUCCACGGCGCAGGAGGAUGCCCAUGUGCCAGCUCAGCGACCGCCGACGCCCGUGUCUUUUGAAGAGGACCUCACACCCACACCGUCGCAGAGGGUUCACCUUCUGGUGUCUGGCCGGUUCAACAGCUGCCAAAAGAUGCGGUACAUGCAGCGGGUCAAGGAGUUGCUGGAUUCCCAAGGGGUGCCCACCUACAUGGUCGAUGCUGGAGGAUGUGGGAAUGCAGGACCCCGACCGGGUGGCCCAAGAGAUUUGCGAUAUCUUCGCGACCGAGGUCUCCACACACGUGGUUUCCACACGCGUUGA